GUGUGGUAGAUUGGUAUUGACCAGUUGAGACCCGAGGAGUCAUUCAUCGUUCAGAUAUUUCUCAGUGUGUGUGUGUUGUUGUUUUCCCAAGCUAGGAUAUCACAAAAAAGCGAACAUGUUAAAGAAAGCCUAUGAUUAUGUGUGGGCAGGUGCUUUUAAUCAUAAUGAGGCCGAAGCACCAAGCCUAGAUAACACAUCCAAUCCCAUACACGAGAAAGAGACCCAGGACACAGCUGAACAUCCUUCUGUAAAUGAAAGUGGAGAUUUCUUAGCCCCCUUACAGAACUCAUCAGAUACUCCAAGGACAGACAUAGGAGUGUCAGACUCUGAUCAAGGCGCCACUGACUCAGAAGCUGGAAUAACCGAUUCAGAGCCUAUUGUCACAGACUCAGAGGCAGGAGCUACAGAUUCAGAAGGAGGACUUAUCGAUUCUGAGACUAGUGGCACGGAUCCUGCUAGACAUCACGGUGAUCAAUUGUUAGCACCAUCUGUAGAAGAACAUAAACCAGAGGAAACAACUGGUGACAGUGACUCUCAGGCCAAACCUACUGAUCUGCCAAUUAAGGAAACACCUGCUGAAGGAGAAGAUAAUUCUAAGAAAGCCACUGGACUGAAAACCCGUCACGUUCAUUUCUCGAAUGAUACAGUGAAUAAAGAAGAUAGUACACAUCCUGCAGGAGAAAAAACACCUGGUAAAGAAAAUCCAAAACAUAGAAGGCCUGUUAUAGAUGCCUCCAAAUUGAAGGACAAGUCUGAUCGUCAAAAAAAGUACAGAAACAAGCAAUUAGAACUACAAAAGAAAUCAAUUGAUCAACAGAAACAAACUAAAGAACAGAAAAGGCAGGCAGUAGAAGAACGUAGAAAGAAACAAGACGAAGAGAAAAAGGUAUACCGGGAGUCUAUAGUACGUCGUUCCAUUGAAAGGUCUCAGAGUGCUGGAAGUCGUGAGAAAAGGCGGUCUUGGGACCCAGCUAAGCAGAUUCCAGCGAGUGAGCCACCUAGAGGCCGCAGCAUGGAACGUUUAAAUGAUACUCCGAAUGAAAUGGUACCUGCCGGUAUCGGAGUCAAUAAAAGGCUGUCUUCUUCCGUGUCAACACUAUGGAACCCAGUGCAACUAGUACGACUAGGACCUAAUCAAGACGACUGGUUCGAAGUUCACACGCCACGACCAAAGGCACUACGGAGCCCAUCACCAGGCAUCGAUGAUCCUAAUUCUAGCACGUACACCCCUCGUCAUCAUUCGUCAUCCCCUAAUCUUGCAUUUUUUGAAAGUGCAGAGUACUUGGAGAAUGAGUUUUGUGAGGAGGACCAGACAGGAUCUAAUCCCCAGAAACACAGAUAUGCCGCCAGCACGGCCAGCAGUCGUAGCCGAAUCUAUGCCACUAGGAGGCGUUAUAGGGCUACAACUUCCCAAAACAAAUCAUCACCUAGCACACCCAUACGGAGGACUCCAACUCCAGGGAGUCGUGGAAGAAGCACAGAGAGGAAGACAACUGCUCCAGUGCAACCAGCCUCAACAAGUGAAACACCAGCUAAGACUCAAAGACCAGCUUCUCCUAAGGGGUUCCGAGCACCUUCUCCAAAGCCAUCACCAGGCACACCAACUAGUUCUAGUAAUUCCAGUAUGCAUGUUAGACAACCGUCACUACGGUUAAAGAAUAAGACAACUGUAGAUGCUAAGAGCCCAACAGAUAAAACUAGUAAAACACCAGUUUCCAAAUCAAGCCAACCUCCUCCAAUUAAGAAGGCUUUGACUCCUGCCAAAUCUUCUCCAACAAGAACUCCUAGAACCCCAAGUACUAACAACAAAACUGUGGCAGCUAGUAAAACACCAGCAGCUAGUAGAACACCUGCUGCUAGUAAAACACCAACUACUACUACUACACGGACAUCAGCAGGCAGUAGAACUCCAACAUCAACAAAGACGCCAACAUCCAAGCCCCCGGCAGCCAAUAAAACACCAACUGCUAAACCAGCAGCAGCAAAAUCGCCAACUGUACCUAAAGCAACACCAAUAACUAAAGCAACCCCAACCCCAAAAGAGACACCCAAGGCUCCAUCUCCAACAAAAGAAGAAGCACCUAAACCUGAUGUGCCACAAGUUACAGAGCCAGAAAAGAAAAGUUCAGAUUCUGAGACAAGUAGCCCACCACCUGAGUUGUCAGCUGAAGAGAGAGCCAAGCAGGCUUUGGCAGAGAAGAGGCGACAGAUGCGAGAGAAAGCUGAAAGAGAAGCUGAGCUUCAAAGGCUACAAAAAGAACAAGAGGAGAAAGAAGAGGAAGAACGUCUACGAAGGGAGGAGGAAGAACGAAUAAGAGAGGAAGAGGAGGAACAAAGAUUGGCAGAAGAAUAUAGGAAGGCAGAGGAAGAGAGGUUACAAAAGGCAAUAGAAGAGCAGCAAAGAAAAGAGGAAGAAGAAAGACUACGAGCAGAAGAAGAAGAAAAGAAGAGAGAGGAGGAAGAACGAAUAAAAGCAGAAGAAAAGAAGAAAAGGGAGGAAGAAUUAAAUGAAAAAUUAAAGAAAGAAGAGGAAGCACGAGAUGCAAGGAAGAAGCGUGUAGAUGAAAUUAUGAAGAGAGCAAGAAGAAGCACUCCAGCUGUCAAAAAUGAUGAUGAACGUGACAACAGAGAUGAGGAUAAAGACAUCGAUACUAAAGCAGAAAAAGAAAAUGGUAUUGAGGGCAGUAUAUACAACAAUGAUAAUGACAAAUAUAGGAAUUGUUUUGGAAAUGGAUCAACAGUAGCCAGCCAUGAAACUCUGUCAGGUGAGAUGGAACAAGACAUGGAAGCCGUGCAGGAGGGAGUGAUGGGAGAGGAUGACACAGCUUAUGGGAUGCUGUGUGAGGGAGAAACGUGUCAGGAGGAACAAUUACCCACUAGUCCUGGGCAACUACACGAGUUUCUGCCGACCAAAGUGCAACCGCCAUCAUGAUAGUCAAUAUUUAAUGGAUUUCUGCAAGUCAUCAACGAAAAGAAAAACAAAACCGACUAUGUCUUACUGCGUCUGCCAUAAUGGCCAAGCCCUGUAUCAUAUUUGUGGCAAGGUGUACUAAAUGUUGUGGUUUGCUGCCCUCUAUCAUCCUUUCAUUGUCAGUAUGUGGAUUUUCUUUCUGUGUAUAAUACUGUACUUAUUUCGCCUUAUUGAGAGGAAGCACGGAAAACACAUGUUGAAUUGGAUAAGAGUCUACUGGAUAACCGUAAAGGCGUAUAUACGGAGAUCAUUAAAAUAAAUAUGGUAGCCUGCAUGAAGACAAUUAAACCAAAUCUACCAUAGAACUUAGUAGCAGUGAAUAUACUACAUUGAUGUAUUGUGUAUUGUAAAAUAAAAAACUGCAUUUUAACAAUGUUUAUUUCUGCUAUGAAUGAGAAUGACUGUUAUUGUGGAUGGCAUCUGUUUAAGCAAUUACAUAGCAGAAUUUUAAUGUUUUUCCUUAUUUUGUUCAAUGCUUUUGAGAGUAGGAUCUUGCCAAGUACAUGGAGUAGAAGUAAUUUUUCAUGAAUUAAAAUUAAGUCACUUGAUUUUGUAUUAGUAGAUCAAUUGUAUGUUAAGCUGCCUGGAUGCAAAGAAACGUAUACUGUUGUACUGUGUAAGGGGGCAUUAUACUUUGCCACUAUUGAACCCGGAAAUAUAAAUGUGGUAGGAGAUACCCCCCUGUUUAGCUGAGCAAGACAUAAAUCAAGUACUGUACUGCACUCUUAAUUACUAUGAUUAGUACAAUAUUCAGACGCGACAUCAAAAGCGCAAUCAAUAAUUUAAAAUAUAUGUAGAGCAUCAGUAGAAUCUCUAGGAAUUAGCUAUGUUAAUUUUAAAUUGGUGUAAAAACUUCUUUGUUUAGAUAUUCUUCAUUUAAGCAGACUUGUUGCAGGGCCAUUAGUUUCCAAUAACAAAAAAUUAAUUAUAAUGUACAUGCAAUCACAAAUUAAUAUAUUAAGUAAAGGAAUUAGUGAGCCAAAUUAAUUAGAAACAGCGAAAUGAAUGUCUAGUUUUGCAAGUUCAUGAAGAAUAAUUAUAUGAAUAUUCAUGAGCUGAUAAUGGUCACAUGAUCAAUAAGCAGAGAGAGUACUGUAAUCAUAAUGACUUUUUAAAUUGUUUAUUGUGUCCGUAUGUUUUAAAAACCCCUCAAUUAUUAUUCUGUUAGGGUGUUGCGAUCUGCGCUGCUACUAUGACAUGGGUUUAUAGUACGAGAAAGAAUCAUGUUGUUCUUCAUGGAAGUUGUCAUUAAAAGAUGAUGAAAACCCAACAGAAAUGAAACAAUCUGUAAUAUAGCGAAACAAAUUAGCGAUAUAUUUAUUUCUUUGUGUAUGUAAAUUGUUCUUUAAUUAGUUACUAUUUUUGGUGUUUUCAGAGUCCGGCUUAUAAGUUUAUAAAUUUAGGAAUGUAGUUUCACGUUUCAUUUCUGUUGGUAAACAAGUUGUAACACAAGCUUGAUAUUCUUCGGCUUUAGCUGAUAAGUUUUAACUGGAGAAAAAAUGUUAUGCAUUACUAUGGUAUAUUCAGCUAGCAUGGUACCAAUUGCCUUUAGUCAAUGGAUUCAAAGUGGUGAGUGAAUCCAACAAAAUGCAUAACACUAUUGAUGUUGUCUUUAAGCUUGUUGAAGGCUUACAGUUUGUUCUUAGUGAUACAGUAUUGUCAUGUGAUGAUAAAGGUGUAAAGCGAUUGGUAAUUUCCAGAAUGAAAAUGGUAGAAUUAAACUACAGUUAUGUCAAAUUUGUCCUGCUAGGACUGCAUUUAAUGUCAUCUAUUAAAGAGAUUUAAAGAGAA